CUCUCUUUCGUCUUUUGCGUCGUUCGUUACCAAGUUCUAGCGGGUGUUGUUUACGCUGAUCAUCCAACCGUACUCCAUCCAAAACUGAUCCGUCUCUUUCUCCCUCUUCUGUACCAUCAUUGCUACCUCCAACGCUCCCAAUCGACUUCCCAGGUCUCCUCUCUUUUGCUUCAUCUUGUACAUGUUCUGCGCAUGUCACUUGCAGCGUCACGGCCAGCUUUGAUAGCGCCGCCUCUGUCGCUAGCUGCCUGCUUCCAUCUAUCGUCGUUUGUCGACAUUCAACCGUGGUACCAACUCUCUUCGUGGGGGCACCGAGCCAUCGGCUGUGCAUCAUCUACUUUCCCUGCGCCGUUCUUGUGAUUCGUCGCUUCUAUCGUCUACGCUCCUUUCGGCUCAGGCUAACGGAUACUCACCCUCAUCAAGGUUCAUCGUGCCCAAAUCGCGACACUUUGGACACCAGUCCCACUGUCCAAUAUGGACACCCUGCUUUCCUCGCCGAAUGCGGUUCGUAACAAUCUCUUUCCAUCCCCGACCUCGUCCGAAUCGACCAGCUCUUCGUCGACCGGGACGAGCAGCCAUCUCUGCACGCCCGACAACGGGACACACACGCUGCCAUCGGGCAACCUUAGCAACCUGGCAAAGGAUGAUCUCUUCCUGCCUGCGUCCAUCUCUACCGCCAGCGCUGCUUUUGCUUCGUUCACCGCCAGUGGAGGCGACGCGGAUGAUGCCUCUUCCUGGAUUUUCGCUUCUCAUCCACCUACCGAGAGACCCAAGAGUGCGAGUGCGUGCGAUGCCUCGUCCCUUGCUGCCGCACUUGAUUUUCCCUCCGCUAUGUCCAACUCUAUGGGGUGCAACAACGGCAUGACCAGCAGCGCUGUCAGCCUCGGCAAGAGGCUUGGCCACACUCGCAACGGAUCAGACGGUCGCAGACAUAGCCUGCAGCCACUCAUGCCAACGCAAAUGCAGUCCUCCGCAUCCAAUCUUGCGGGCGACAAUGGCGCAUUUACUCUGACGACAAGGGGUGGCGGAGCCGACGGCAGCAACAGAAAGGCCUCGGAAGACAUUCCGCUUCUUGGUAGCAGCCCUGGCUUCUUGCUAUCACCGCCGCGUCUCACCGUCAGCCUUUCGCCCAACGUCGGUCACCGUGCCUCUGGGGGCCAGCAAGCGCAGCGCCAAAGUCAACAACUUGAUUACAGUUCACUCAACGGCACACCAUCGCAGGAUGACGGCAAACGUCGGCGCAUGUCCUUUCAGCCAGAUCAAGCCAGCGCACACAGCAACGGUCCUGUCGAAAGCGGAGAGCUGACGCUCGAGCAACUACUGCAGCAGACGCCUCCGAAUCAAAACAUCUGGAAGCAGAUGCAGCAGCGUCAGCUCAUGAACAGUGUUGAGGCAGCUUCCGGCGGCAGCAGCUGCAGCAGCCGUGGCGCAGGCACGUAUAGCGAGCUCAGCGGCCACCGUGAGAACUCGAUCAACGACACUCCUAGCACGACCAUCAUGUCUUCUGGUGGUGUCAGUUUCGGCCUUCAGCGUUCUUUCAAUAACACAAGCAUCGAUGGCGGCAACGGCACCCUGGGUGACCGUCUGAAAAAGAGUGGCAAAAAUCGCAGUGUCGGCUCCAGCGCAAACGGUGACGUCGCAGAGGAUGGAGACGACGACAACGAGGAUUCGGCUGCGAAGGCUGCUCGCACAGCCAACAGACGCCUCUCGUUCUCUGGUGCUCUGAAUAGUGGCUUACUCUCAGGCUUCAACGCGGGAGAACUGUUGAUGGUCGCACGCAGCGCUUCUGAUGGUGAUAUAUUGAAACCUUCAUCUCAGCCGCAGCUCCACAUCCAGCCUGAGCCACACAAACAAGACUCAAAGCAGAAUCAGCAGCAGAAGGACUCGCCCCGUAGCGGCUCGCCAUUCAUCACCAUUGUCCCCAGGCCGCCUACCACCACCAUUUCGAUCCCCACUUCGGUCAGUGCAAGUGCCAAUGUCAGCAAGGCGGAGGAGGUGGAGAAGAGCGCAAAGGCACCGACCAAUACCGCGGCUGAUGUCUGGCCCGAUGAUGUCGAGGUCGCUUUCUGGGAGGCCCUCCGCAUGAUUCCCAAACUCGGACGCCGCAAGGUCUUGGUCCACGGUAAGCCAUGUGGGCGCAAUGAGCUCAUUGCCGAUUACAUUGAGCGCAAGACAGGCAAAUCGCGCACGAGGAAACAAGUCUCGAGUCAUAUUCAGGUGCUAAAGAAUGUCAAGAAGGACGAUCCUGAGUUCCAACAGCUCAUUGCGGAGCCCAAGACUGAGGAAGACUUCUACAUUCCCGCUGGAGGCAUGAUGUAUGCUCAAAUGCUCGCUAGCUACGGGUACGGUGGCUUGACAGGCCUCACCGCAUACGAUGGCAUCGCCUCUGGCGGUCUCCUCUCACCUUACAGCCCGCACGACGUUAACGGAAGUGGCAACCUACCCGGUAUCAGCACUCCGGUUUCAGCCACUGGCUCCAUGACCAACGCCUUUGGCAACCUGGAGCUUCUCCCACCCUUCGACAAAGGUACAAAGCAGACACCGUGCUCCAUCCUGCCUGCCAGCUUUUCCAUCUGGGUCCACUGCAGCGACAGCGAGGACAAGCACGUCUACUCGUCCUUGGAUACCAACGGUGCGACCAGCGGCAAUAACAACACGACGAUCACCUCGCGCAUGCCGAUGGACGCCAUCCGUCUAGGCCACAUCAGGUAUCCGAAACUCGCGGAGAUGUACCAGCGUCUACCCUGCCAGUUCCUCUACAUUCACGUCCCUCUCUCCGUGCCCCGCGCCGACGUCUUCCUGCCGCAGUUCGACCAAUUCAGCACGCAACUCUCGCUGACCAGCUUGCAGGAAUACCGUCUGACCAGCGUCACGACCGUCUACUCGCAUGGCAAGCGCGUCUUGUCGCUCGUCGAACCUCUCGAGGCACCGCGUCGGAUCGCAGGGCUCAAAAAUAACGGUGGCAGCAGCAGCGCCAGCAGCAACAACACUGGCACGUCUGGCGGUGAUGAUGCCAAGCGGCAUAACUUCUGUCACCAAGCGCCUUUUGCCACAGACUUCUGGGCUGAUUUCCUCAGCCGCAGCCACCCGGUCAACGUCUACAACAAGCGCAAUCCGUCGCCAUCAUUCGGCAAAGAGCCCAGCGAGCGCGCCGCGCUCGGUAUGGCCGUUGCUGGCGUCACGAUUAUUCAAGAGUUUGUCAUCGCCUCAGAAGACAAGGCGCGCAGCUCUCGCGAAGCAGUCUUCCACGGCGAAGACGACCAGCACGUUAGCCCUGGCAGCGCUGUUGGCGAUGUAGUCCUCGUCAUCGCCUGGGACCUCGAGUGCGUCGAGAGCCUCGGUACGAAGGCCGGCACACCGCAAGUCAGCAUCCUCAUGGGCUCUGCACGCCCUUCGCCCACCGCAAGCGUCUGCAGCCUCUCUCCGUCCCCUUUUGCUGCCACCAAGGCGUUGCCGUUCGAGGCUUCGUCUGAGCGCGCUAACAACGUGAGGAGGGACAACGAUGCGACGGCCGCCGCAGCGGCACAGUCGAUCGCAAUGAAGCUCAAUGUGCCGCAGGUCGUUUACACCGAGAGCUCGCCGAGGAGCGACGAAGCUAGUAGGCUUCUUCGCACGUCCUCGACAAACUCCAGUUCGCUUCUGCAAAAUGUCACUACGCAAGGAGCCCUUGCUAGUUCCACUGGCAUGAUGGCCACCAAUAGCGCGCCUGGCAACUUGCAUCUUCUUGCCGCCAAUGCGAUGCCUGCACAACAACAGCAAUACCAUCAACAACAACAACAACUUCAUCGAUCGAAGCAGCUGGGUGUCGAAGCGCAUGCUCAUCUGUACUCACCCGCGCCUCUUGGCAUUCAAGGCCUGGAGACCAAGUCUGCGGCAGAAGUUGGGAUGCCUACUCUGCUCCGCAAAAGAGGUAUGUCGAUCAACAAGCCCAACCUGGUCGUCACCAUCCCCCCUACGCCGUUACACCUUCAACAAGGCAGGCACCAAGACAUUGACCUGACCGGCCAUGCGAGCGCCUCACUUGGUCCGUCUACGGGCUCGACUGACUUCAGUGUAGGCGCAUGGGGCAUGAUGCAACAGCGUGCCAUGCGCACGCCGAUCACUCCUUUCCCUCAAGUCGUGCAGACGCCGCUGGAGCCGCCGCCAAUGCCGGUUGAGGAGGAUGCCAAGGCGCAGCGCGAACGACUCGCCAGGGCCUGGGCCGCGCAGGGCUUUGAUCUGACGUCGCCGGUCGUCUUUGACUUUGCUGUGCAGGCGCAUGGAGCGCAGCAGCAUCCGCAACAGCCAACCAAUUCGCAAGGACAGGCCUACACCUCGUACCCUCUCACUGCCAGCCAGUCCAUGCCGACAUUUCAGUCUUCCGGCAUGGACGCUGGCCUGCCUACGUCCAACAGUCUGCAGCUCAACUUGAGCGGUGGUGGCGGCGACGGCAUGAUGCAGACCCAGAGCGGUCAGUUCAUGGGACAGAUUGGCGAGGCGCCGUCCGACGAGUACAUCGAAAGGCUGCUUGCAACUUUCAGCUACUCAGGCAACUUACCGCAAUAAAAACAAGAGAGAAAGAGACGAUCUUUACACAUCAGCAGCGUAUACCAGCACGCGAGAACGACGCACUGUAUACCCGACCGCAUCUAUUUCAAGAGUCGCUUUGUGGGGGGCCACCUUUCGCACCGGCUUUCGCAAUCCAGACACCGCCUAGCAUUUCAGACUCACGCUCCGACCUUCAAGCACGAUUCCUUCCCCUCAUCUCUCUGACCGUCCUCGAUUGACUCGUCUGGACUGGGCCUGCCUUGGUUUAAUCCCUUCUCCCGAACCUCGCACGUAUCCGACUGUAUCCCAUGCAUCUUUUCGCGAACAUCUAAGCCCCCCAUCUUCUAGCCCUGUUCGCGCGGACUGUCGGACAUUUUGAAGACUCGUUUGUCACUCUUUCUAGAUACUUUUAGUGUAGCUUAUUACGAGUCCCGAAAGAAAACAUC